AAUUUUCUCCGGAUAUUUUAUUAGACCUGUGUGUGUGCACCCUAUCUUCUUCUCUCUCUUUCCUAUCUGUCUCGUUCUUUUAUUUCUGUCGCGCUAGCUCUAGAUCCCUAAGACAUGGCUAGCGUUGAACUUCACGGGGUGCCCCCUGACGUGCUAGAAAAGAUAAGAGCGCUAGAGGAAGAACUAAACGAAGGCGACAUUACUCAGCAGGGCUUCGAGAAGAAGAAAGCUAAACUCCUUGCGCCUUACCUGACCAUAUCAGAUGGUACUGGGUCUCUGGGUAGUAAUUCGUCGGGUCGUUCGUCUUCUCCUCAACCUCCUGCUUACGUUGAACACGAUUCACAUCAACAUCAUGUAGAAUCGCAUGCCAGGUCAGCCAUGGUACAGGCUGCUUUGGAAAGGAACAGGCAUGAGCAUGGGCCUGAGUUACAGCCGAUGUCAUUCCGUCGUAACACCGGUGGUCUGGUACCACUCCUCUCAGUGUCUCCUUCCCCUAGCUCUGAGGCUCUCUCGCAAGAGAGUAGAGGAAGCAGCUUUGGAGGAGGAGGAGGAUCAGGAUCUCUUACUCACGGUGUUGCUCCUCCUACUGCUCCCAAGCCGCGUAGAGCUCCAGCAAGACCUCAAAAUGUUGAAGGUAUGACUGGUGGAGGAGGAGGCCCUGGGGCUGCCAAAGGAGGCGUGUCACACAAGAUUCAACAGCUCCUGAACACAUUAAAGAGACCCAAGAAGAACCGGAGACCUAUUGAGGAAUAUUUCAGAGACGAAGAUAUAGCAGAGGCUAGACCUGCUGAAGAUCCUUCAGCCCCCAGACCUGUUGGCCCAACAAUGCAGCCUGUGUCUGGCGUACCACUGGAGAGUCGUCAAGAUUGGCACCGUAAUCUUGAAGCGGCCAUACAGCACCAUAGCUCCACACUUGGGAAGCAUCCUGCUAUAUCUGUCGUUGAUAGUCACGGAAAGGCAUCAGUUGCUUGCACUUAUAGUAAACUGGCUCUCAGGUCACAGAAAGUGGCUCAUUUCUUGCUCAACAAGUUAGGAGGUGGUAAACAAAUCCAACCUGGUGACAGAGUUGCUCUUGUGUUCAGAAAUGAUGAAGCUGCUACUUUUGCCAGUGCUUUCUGGGGUUGUCUGUAUGCUGCUAUCAUACCAGUUGCAAUUCAUCCUCCUUUAUCAAGAGAUGAUCCUGGUGGACAACAGAUAGGAUUCUUAUUAAACAGUUUAGGAGUAACUGUUGCCAUAACUAGUGACACUACUGUCAAGUCACUGCCUAAAGAGGAAGGAAAGGACUUCAUUAUUCACUUUAAAGGCUGGCCCAGAUUGACUUGGUUUUCCAUUGAUCAUCUUCCUAAGCCGUCGCGUGAUUUCACUCCGCCUCCCCGCCCCUCCCCUGACACCACCGCUUACAUUGAGUUUACUACUGCUAAGGAUGGCUCAGCUCUUGGUGUGACAGUCACUCGUGGUGCAUUGCUGACUCAUUGUAGAUCACUCACAACUGCCUGUCAAUACAAAGAAGGUGAAGUGGUUGUGUGUACUGAAGACCCAAAGAGGUCCAUUGGACUCUGGCAUGGAAUUAUGGCUGCUGCUUACAAUGGUCUCCAUGUCGUCUUUGUUCCUCCUACAGUGAUGGCAACACUCCCCACUGUCUGGCUACACAUGAUCACAAAGCAGAAAGCUACGUCUGUUAUCAGCUCAUCCCAUUCUAUAAGUGCUUGCAUAUCGCUCUCACAGCAUAAAGAAAUGAGAGAUCUCAAACUGGACAAUGUUAGGAUGAUUUUGCUUGAUGAUGGCGUUAAUCCAUGGUCACUUGCUUCCAGUGACAUGUUUUUUGAAGCUUUUACUGUCAAAGGUUUGAACAGGGAAGCACUCUGCCCUUGUGCUGGCUCACCAGAAACACUCACUCUAUCACUGAGAAGGCCCUCUCCCAAUACUCCCAGUGGACGUGGUGUGAUGUCUAUAUCAGGAUUAAGCUAUGGUGUAGUCCGUGUGGAAGAGCCAGGCAGUAUAACCUCACUCACGUUACAAGAUGUUGGUCUAGUGAUGCCUGGAGCUCGUGUUGCCGUUAUCAAAAUAAAUGGCUUACCUUAUUUAUGUAAAACUGAUGAGGUUGGUGAGAUUUGCGUACAGACAACAGCAGCUGGCUCAACUUAUUGGGGCCUUCAAGGGAAAUCAACAAACACAUUCAAGGUUGAUCCAAUUGAUGAGAAUGACAGGAUCAUACAAGGUGGCUAUGUACGCAGUGGCUUGCUUGGUUUUGUUGGUGAAGGUGGCCUCUUGUUCGUCUGUGGUAACAUGAACGGGCUCAUACAGAUUGGAAACAGGAGGCACAACACUGAGGACCUUAUUGCUACAGUAAUGGCCGUUGAGCCACACGGGUUUAUAUACAAAGGAAGGAUUGCUAUAUUCUCAGUGACUGUGUUAAAGGAAGAAAGAGUAGUUGUUGUGGCUGAACAGAAACCUAACUGUACCGAUGAAGUGGCCUUUACGUGGAUGAAUAGUGUUGUCCCUGCUGCUGAGAGCAUUCAUGGUAUUUAUUUGUACGGUAUUGUACUAGUGGGACACGGAAAACUGCCUAAGUAUCCUGAUGGAACUGUUCAUGUUCAGGACACUAGAGCAAAGUUUAUGGAGGGAAGUCUGCAUCCUGUGAAUUUACUGAUGUGCCCUUACCAAUGCAUCAACAAUCUCCCAGUCCCAAAGUCACCACCACCAAAUAUUAGUGGGGCUGCACAGAUCAUUGGAGAUUUAGUGACAGGGCGUACAAAUCAAGCAGUUGCUGCUCCGUUGUCUGGCGGUGGGUCUGAUGAAACUGAUGGACCUUCUUUUGACUUCUUAUCCGAUGCACUUCAAUGGAGAGCAGUCAACAGGGCUGACGAUAUACUUUAUACACAAGUGGACUCUAGAGGCCAUACAGUUAAAUCUAUCACAACGCUACAGUUGCACAAGAAGGCCGAGCGUAUCGGUGCCUGUUUGAUUGAAAAGGCUAAACUCAAUUCAGGGGAUCAUGCUGCGCUAGUCUAUUCUCCAAGUCUUGAGCUCAUUGCUGCUAUAUAUGGCUGCCUCUAUGUCGGUGUUGUACCAGUUGUUGUAAAGCCUCCUGCCCCCUCUAAUCUCUCUGGCUCACUGCCUGCUAUGAAGCUAACUGUUGAACUAAGUAACGCAAGGGCCAUACUCACUGCACAUAACCUGGCCAAGAUACUAAAAUCAAAAGAAGCCAGUCAAGUUAUUGAUGUGAAGUCUUUGCCUAAUAUUCUUGAAACCGACGAGCUCCCAAAGAAGAAACUCGACAAGUUUUACAAGCCACCGACCCCAGAGCUUAUAGCAUACCUUGACUUUGCUGUGUCCACUACUGGUGUCCUAUCUGGAGUGAAGAUAACUCAUGCUGCAGUAUUGAGUAUGUGUAGGGCUCACAGAUAUUGCUCUGAAUUAUAUCCAUCAAGAGACAUUGCACUCUGUCUUGAUCCUUAUUCCGGACUGGGAUUAGUUCUGUGGUGUUUCUCUGGUGUUUAUGCUGGUCAUACUACAGUCCUGAUCAAUCCUUAUGAUCUUGAAGUUAACCCAAUGCUAUGGCUAACUGUACUUAGCUCAGGGAAAAUACGUGACACAUAUUGCUCUUAUUCUGUUGUUGAUUUGUGUAUGAGGGAACUGGGCAACUCUAUCGAGUCACUUCAAAGCAAGAAUAUCAAUUUAUCAUCUCUCAGGUCCUGUGUCAUUGUUAGUGAGGAGAGGCCAAGGACUCAACUGAUCACUUCAUUCUCAACUCUCUUUGGUAUUGUGGGACUCCCUUCAAGAGCCGUCUCUGCUGCUUUUGGCUGCCGCGUUAAUCCAAUGAUCUGCUUCCAGGGUCCAAGGCAGCCUGAGAGUUCCAGUGUGUACGUGGACUCCAGGGCACUGAGAUUAGACAGAAUGGUUGUGCUGGAAAAAGGUGCACCAUACAGUAUGUGUCUCACAGAGUCUGCUAAGAUUGUCAAUGGAUGUCAAAUUGUCAUUGUCAACCCAGAGACAAAGACUCCUUGUGCCCAUACUGAGAUUGGAGAAAUUUGGGUCUCGUGUAUUCACAAUGGCAUUGGCUAUUAUGGACUUAAAGAUUCUGUGAACGAUUCCCUGACUCAAGAGCACUUUAAAGCAACACUUGUUGGUGGAAUUGACAUGACCGCUACGUAUGCAAGGACUGGAUAUCUUGGAUUCAUGAUGCCUUCAGCUUCGAGAGAUGAAGCACAUGAUGCUGUUAAUAACUUGUUUGUUAUUGGGAGUGUUGAUGAGUCAUUGACUGUCAGAGGAUAUCGCUAUCAUCCUGUUGAUCUUGAAGCUACGGUCAUUCGUUGUCACAAGAACAUCAUCAAUGGUGUUGUAUUCACAUCAAACAAACUCCUUGUGGUAGUUGCUGAACUGAAUGGAGAUGAGAAUGAAGCCCUUGACCUAGUUCCAGUCAUAACUACCUCACUAUUGGAGGAACACCAAGUGGUGGCUGGUAUUGUUGUUGUAGCUGAUCCUGGAACUAUACCAAUUAACUCAAGAGGAGAGAAACAGAGAAUACACUUACGUGAUACUUUCUUAGCUGAUGAGAUGGACCCUAUUUAUGUAGCUUAUAAUUUGUAAUAGAUUAUUAUUAUUAUUAUUAUUAUUAUUAUUAAUGAUGGUGAUUACUAUUUGCAUCAGUUUCAUUCUAGUCUAUUCCUUUGUUUUGUUCCUGUCCCUUGUCGGUGUGUCUGUUUGAAAUUAUAUUAUUAUUAAUACUUUGUACUGCACUGUCGUCAUUAUUAAAUUAGUUAAAUUGACUGUGUUUUACAUUAUUUUUUCUUAAUAUUAAUUCUUUCCACUGUGAA